AUGUUCCUGACAAACAUACUGUUGAAAAAGGCAAAGAGCAAACAUGUCUUAGUCCUUACACAGAGUGUUGUAACCGGUCAUCGGUUGGUGCGUAUCAGAGAAAGAUUAGCUGAUAAAUUAGAAUUUACAGCCUUUGAUCCUUAUAUUCAAAAGGUCACGAUAUACAAAGAAAAGAGAAAAUUAUGUAGCUUAUAAUUUACAACUAUUGUAGUGUACUUAACAAUUAUUAUAAUAUUACUUGAAAAAUUUCUAUCUGGGAUAACAUGCAAAAAAUAUAUUAUCUCAAGUACAGUGUAACAUCCAGUCUGAUUUUUAUUUAUUAUAUUCAAAUAAUAUAAUAUCAAAG